UGUGAGAGUACCUAUCUACCUCGGACAUACCCAGGUACCUAGGACAGGUGUGUAGUUGUAGAAGAGUGGAGACUCCUUACCGACCAAACUAUCAUACUGUGUAAGAUUCCUACCCAAUAUAGCACUGGUUCCGCCCUCCAUGGAAUCAUUGUAGUACCAAUGUUACGUGUCGCCUUCGGUGUUUAGGAAUCGAUUUUACCUUGUCAAGAAUAGUCGUACGGGAGAGGCGAUCACAAAUGUUUAAGUAUUUGCCGAAGACUCUCUAACCAAAAUGCCGCUAACUAUAAUCUUCUCUGCAACAAACCCGCGGCUUAAUUACCGGCACAGCCAAGCAAUAUCCAACCACUAAGCUAUACAUCAACUCGUUGACAUGGAUGCUUUGUUGUUGCUGGGUGUCAUCGCCGGCGUACUUGCGCAUAAUGUCAUUUUCAUCCGUGGAGAAUGGCAUAUGCGUAUCUCGUCCAUUCUAAAUGGCCAUUUACUGGUUGGCUUUCUUGUUACUUAUUUUACAUACCAAACCAUAGGAGACCGAAACGUUGGUGAAACAUUGACAAUAUUUGCGGCCGCAACUGCAUCGUAUCUAACGGCUUUAUUCGGUAGCAUGAUUGUAUAUCGACUGUUCUUUCACCAAUUAUCCAAGUUUCCUGGGCCAAGACUUGCUGCUGUCAGUAAAUUCUGGCACAUUUUCAACAUCCGUACAUCAAGAAACUAUUUAUUUCUUAGACGGAUGCAUGAAAAGUAUGGCAGUUAUGUGAGGACCGGUCCGAAUGAAGUCACCCUUUUCGACCCGGGUGUUUUUCAACUACUCGACGGAUGGGGAAACACCACAACUAAGGAUAUAUGGUAUGAUAUAAUGCAGCCGAGAAGCUCUGCUAUAUUCACGCGAGAUGAGAAUAUGCAUAGAGAAGGUCGAAAGGUAUGGGUUCAGUCCCUCUCGACUAAAGCAAUGGAUUCGUUCAACCCACGAAUCGCGGAACUUACUCACUCCUUAUCCCGCUGUAUCGCAUCAUAUGGUUCUGAAGCAGUUGAAGUGGGCGAGGUGAUGUCUUGGUUCUCCUUCGACGCAAUGGGAGAAGUCGUCUUUGGUCAACACUUCAAUCUUUUACAAUCCAAGAAAUGGAUCACGGCUAUUCGUGAUCGAGAUGGUGCUUUAUCUCUGGUCGGCCUCAUCGGCGACGCAAGCUGGAUUGCGCAUCUAGCCUUCUUAAUAGUUCCAUUUUACGGCAGAGUAAAGAAUUGGUUUGAUAUGGUGUCUUUCUGCGAAGACCAGAUGAAACUCCGACAUAAGAACGGUAGAUUCGAAGAUAAGCUAGAUAUGGCUGAGUUCUUCAUCGAGGAGCAUGAUGCGCUAAAAACUAAAAUGAGCUUGGAGGACCGCGAUAACUACCUCGGUGGUACGGCGGUAACAGCAGUUGUGGCAGGCAGUGACACGACUCGAGCUGCCCUCGUUGGCGUGUGUUGGUUUCUGGCGAAGUACCCUGAUCAUGCAAACAAAAUAUUGGCCGAGAUUGCGAAUGUGGAUGUAGACAAUGCUGAUAUUCUUGCCACCCUCCCACACUUGAACGCGUUUGUCAAUGAAACGCUACGCCUCCUGCCGCCGGCGAUGACAGGAACCGCAAGGCAAACGGGUCCUAAUGGACUUCUCUUCAACGAUGUUUUGAUUCCGCCGCACACUAAAGUUACGGCGCCUCGAUAUGUCAUUAUGAGAAUGGAAUCCGCAUUCCCCCAACCCGACGAGUUCAUCCCCGAGCGCUGGUAUUCGCGUCCGGAACUUAUCCGCGAUAGACGUGCCUUUUCACCAUUUUCAGCAGGGAGCCGUCAAUGCGUUGGGAGAUCGGUUGCGUAUUCGGAGCUUCGUCUAGUGGUAGCAAUUCUGCUCAAAGAUUAUCAUAUCGAAUUUGCUCCGGGGUAUGAUCCGAUGACCAUGUGGCGAGACAUGAAAGAUCAAGUCACCGCGCAGCCGGGGGAUGUCAUGUGUUUAUUCAAACCUCGGGAGAAGUAAACAAAUAUGGAUCAUAUUUACACCCAUCUGUGCGGAAGGUUGCUUAGGGGAGAUUACCCCUAGGUUGGUUGAUGCUAUGCGAAAGGAGGCGGCAAUAUGAGUCGCUUAGAGGUAUUGUGGUGUGGUUACAGUGGAGGUGGUGCGCUAUGAUCAUAGCGCUGGAGGAUGCCCCGAAGAUGGAUGCUAGAAGUUAUAGGGCGGGCUUUACGCUAUAAUGUAUGGGGGCUUUGGGUGCCUCCUGAGGAGAAAUUGAGAAUAGAGGGCGCCGACAGGCUUAAUAAGCACUGGAAAGUCGGGCCCAAACCCUAUUCAACCACUAACCUAGGACCUGCUGUUGUGGUGGUUAGGCGGUUAUAAUAGUGGGAGCUCACUGUAAAUCUGCAACAUUAGCAACGCUUAGCGCUUGUAAUAGUGGUAGAAGCUCCCUCGCUCGGGCGCGGGGUGGUGGAGGGGUUGUAAAUUUAGUCGCCAGUUUCGAUUAUAUUUGAGCAUGCGCUGUAAUUUACCG